AUGUGGUUCUUAAGUCAGUUGUUGAAGGUUGUUGGUUCAGGCCGGAGAUUGACUUUUGUGUCGGACCGUCAACAUGGAUUGCUAGACGCUCUUUCAGUGGUUUUCCCCAAUGCACAUCAUGCUUAUUGCUUAAAUCAUUUGAAGAAAAAUUUGGUUGACAAGUUGGUGGGAUUUCGUACUAACUAUAAGCUGUGUUUGAUGAAAAUAUUAGUUAAAUGUGCUUAUGCGCUAACGGUUGCUUCUUUCCAACAUUAUAUGGAGAAAUUGAGGCGUAUUGCUAGGAAUGAUAGAGUUGAUAGUAUGUUGGAUAGUUUGCAAAAUGAUAAGUGGGCCAAUGCAUUUUUUAGAGAGAAACGAUAUGGUGAGAUGUCAUCUAAUGCUGCCGAGUCUUACAAUAAUUGGAUUGGUGGGGCCCGUGAGUUGUCUAUUACUUGUAUGGUUGAUAUGAUUAGGGUUCAAAUCAUGACUCAAUUGUCGGAUAGAAGAGCUGAAUCUAGAAGAUGGACUAUGAAAUUGUGUCCAGUUAUGGAAAAGAAGUUGGUGGACUCUUUGGAGCUAGCUAAGUCUUGGGAUGUGAUUGUUGCUAGUGAUACUGUGCUUGAGACUUGUUCUUGCCAUGAAUGGCAAUUGAAUGGUUUUCCUUGUUGUCAUGAUGUGCAUGCUCUGCGUAGUAGUGGUAGAGAUGUGUAUGGUUUCAUUGAUCCUUUUUUUCAUAUAGAUUGUUUUAGAGAGUCAUACAAGGAAUCUGUUUAUCCAGUGCCUUCAAGUGAGAGAUUUUACUUUGAUGGUGCCAGUAGUUCGGUUAUCAAACCUCCUAUAACGAAGAAGCAGCCCGGGCGGAACAAGAAGAAGAGGAUACCUUCUAGGGGUGAAAAUGUGAAGCAAAUCAAGUGUGGGAGGUUGCCAGUUGAGAUAUUGGUUGAUAACAUUGCAGACGGCGAUUACACAAUCAUUCCUGCAGUGUUUGAGAUGAAGUUAAUUAGUUAG